CCCGCACAUACGAUUGACGUUCUUCCGCACCAUCAAUCUCUUCUCCAUGUUUGGGGCAUUUCCAGUUUUUGUGACAGAUGGGGCACCAUCUCCUCUCAAGUCUCGGGCAAGGAUGGCAAGAUUCUUCCGAGCAUCGGGGAUUGAUACAUCAAGUAUGCCUGCAUCAGAAAAGGAAAUUUCCGUUGAGAGGAACAAGGCUUUUCUAAAGUGUGUGCGCGAAUGUGUUGAGUUGCUCGAACUCCUUGGAAUGCCUGUUCUAAAAGCUAAAGGGGAAGCUGAAGCGCUCUGUGCAGAGCUGAAUAGAGAAGGACUUGUUGAUGCUUGUGUUACUGCUGAUAGUGAUGUAUUUCUCUUUGGAGCUACCUGUGUUAUCAAGCACAUCCAUCCCAACUCAAAAGAUCCGUUUGAGUGCUACUAUAUGUCCGAUAUUGAGGCUGGUCUUGGGCUGACAAGGAACCAUUUGAUAGCAAUUUCUAUUUUGGUAGGAAAUGACCAUAAUCUAUCUGGGGUACGUGGCAUUGGUUUAGAGACAGCUCGCCGGUUUGCCAAGUCUUUCAGCAAAGAUGAGAUUCUAGACAGGUUACUGGAAAUAAGCAGGGGAGGAACUGUGGAAUCAAAUGAUAUUGCCAGUGCAGAGGGUGGUGAUUUCGUGGCAUGUUCCAGUGAGAGCCCUCGAAAACCAAAACUUCCACAUUGUUCAUUCUGUGGACAUCCAGGAAGCAAGCGGGCUCACCUCAAGUCUGGUUGUGAGUUCUGCAGCAACACUGGUGAGGAUUGCAAGCAGAAAGCCCCGGGUUUCACGUGUAGCUGUUCAUCAUGUGAUAUGGAUAGGAAAGAAAAUGAACAGAGAAAAAAUGAAAAUUGGCACAUUAAAGUCUGCAGAAAGAUUGCAAUGGAGGACUUUCCACAUGAUUUGAUCAUUAAGAUGUACUUGCACAAUGACAACAGACACAGCGAUGAUGGCCGCAAGAAGAUAUCGUGGACAAACCCAAAAACUGAUAUGCUUGUUGAUUAUUUAGCUUUUCACCAGCAAUGGGAGCCUUCAUAUACGCGGAAGAGAAUGCUUCCAAUGCUAUCAACUUUGUUUUUGAGAGAUGUGGCUGCUUCAAAUCCUGAAAACCUUUUGCUCUAUGGGCAGUACGAGUUUGAUCACAUUAACCGUCAAGAGAAUAUGAAAUCUAAUGUGUUUGAAUAUUUAACAGAAGAUCCUGAUAGGAUGGAGAUUCAUUUCAAGAAAACCCGAAGAGCUGAUGAAGUUAUUGAUUUAACAGAAGAACCUGAUGGGACGGAGCUUAAUAUCAAGAAAACUGAGAUUGCUGAUGAACUAAUAGAUCAUACAGAAGAUCACGGAAAAGCAAUUCACACAACUGCUGAUGAUACCCACACGGUUACCUUCAAAAAGCCUGACUGGACUCCAGAAACUUCUAGGAGAGGCGACGAAGAAAACUAUUUGACCAAUGAUGAGCUUGAACUGCAUGAUGAAGCUGGGAGAGAUGAAGUGAUAAUUGAUUUAACCGAAGAGCUUGAUGAUGGGCCAGAGAUUCAUAGAGAGGAUGGUUGCUGCUAUUUGUCAACUGAUGAAGAUAUAGAGCUUGUUCGGAAAGCCUUUCCAGAAAAGGUGAACCAAUUCUUGAAGCAAAAGGAGUUGAUAGAAGCAAAGUCGGCACGAAAAAGAAGGGGUGUACCUGAAAGUUCAGUACCCUCCGGCGAGAUUCAGCUCAGAAUCAGUGAGUUCUUUCCAUCAUCCAAGCCCACCACCAGCCAGACAAAGCUUGAUGGGAGAAAAUCAAUCAUUAGCUCAAGCAGUUCUAGUGCUUCCAAAAAGGAACAAAAAGAGCAACUUUCCAACCUUAGCAAGUUAUCGACAAAGGGGGCCGAGAUCAUCCAAGCCAUUGAGAAGGAACUGAAUCUUCGCGUCUCUUCGAUGAUGCCACGAGAAGUGGAGUUGGAUACCAAAGGCAAAGAAUGCAAUGUUUCAUCAUAUCUUAUAGACUUUUUGGAUAUGAACGACAUGAGAGAGCUGUGGCAAUCUGCUGCCAGAAAAGCAGCAAGUGGUGUUGAGGAGAAUGGUUACAAGAAGAGUGAUGCUUUAACAUCUCAUGUGGAGACUAGUGAUUGUGAGGAGAGGAACCAGGGCCAAAACCGGAAGAGAAAAGAAACGGAAGAGGGCAUGGAAACAAGUGAAGAGUGUGAGACUAAAAAGAAGCCGAGGCUGAACUGGACUCCGGAUAUGCACCAGAGAUUUGUGGAGGCCAUCCAGAAGUUAGGCUAUGACAAGGCUGUUCCCAAGAAAAUCGUCGAAUUUAUGAAUGAGCCAGGGUUGACAAGAGAGCAUGUUGCCAGCCAUUUGCAGAAAUAUCGUACGAAUUUGAAAAAAGGUCAAGAAUCUUCAACCGAUUUUUCUUAUGGUCUGAACUUGGCAAAAGAAUCUACAAAGCCAUUAUAUGGAUCAUCUCUUUCUACCCUAAACUGCAACCCUUCACAAAGACAUUCCUCCCCCUUUGAUGGGAACAGUUCAGUCUUUUCCACGCCGUCCCCUCUCCUUCGCCAGUCCUACUUGCUCAACCCCAACCUCCUGGCUUCCAUGUCAACCUUAGCAGUUCAACCCCAUAUCCGCCAUGGUAACAGCAAUCAAGGGGUUCUGAGCCAUGUUCUUUCGCCAAAGCUGUCAUCUUUUGAUGCAAUGCUGCACCGGAAACAAAUGAACCGUGAAGGGCCGAUGGAGUUCCAGCCGAGCUUUGUUCCCAAAAUGCCCUUAAGAGGGAACUUCACAGUUUAUGGGGAUGAGAAAAGGAGCAUGCUUUUGGCAGUCCCAAACAGGCGGGAAUCAAGCCAUCACAGUCUUGCCAUAAACCAACCCAACACUUGUGAUUCCAACUUCAGGUUUCUUGGCCUUAGAGUGGUCAAUGAUGAACUCCAGUUUGGGGACAAGAGUUCUAUAAGCUGCACAGACAUUCAAAGAGAAAGCAGUUCAUCAUUAACCACUGAUUGGGUUUCUGGGAAUGCAGAUUCUGUCUCAAUCUCUUCAGGCUCUCUCAACCCCAUUCCCCAGCAGCAAUCUUCUUUGCCAUCCUUGGAAAGCUUAGUUCAAUGUGAACCAUUUCCAGACAGUUUUCCAUCAUUUAAUAGUGGGGAAAUGUCUGAAAGCUUCAUUUCCCAUCAGCAAGCAACAUUCCCACCAUUUUAUACUCUUUAUAAUGAGAACUCUCCGCCGGGAUUUUCAGCCCAAGGAAUUAGCAGCAGCACAUCUCCAGAGCAACAGCUUUCGGUGCAGCAAGCCACAGAUGAUUCAGAGAACUAUGCAGAAAUGUUUCUCAUUGAUGAUCACCAAAGUGUGUCUCUUUCGGUGCCGGGGAACUCUGGGAACUUCAGCUCAACACAGCAAGAGUCUUCUUCUUUAGAGGUGCCACCUGCAGUUCUGGAGAUAAACAGCUAUGGAGGCGAAGAAGAUAUCAGCGCGCUGCUAGACGCAACUGAUGCAGAACAUCCAGAGAGUUUUUGGGAUGAUGAUUUUAAUGAUUUACUAUUCAGCAUCACAAACUGACUUUUAACACUUAAGCCUGUAAUAAACAGCAAAGGAUAUA